GUAAUGGAAAGCUGAUCAUGAGGAGAAGUCUUUAUGACAGAAGCUUCUGAGAAACGAAAAUAAACGUAAAUAACGUGAGAACUUAUUUCAGGAUUUUAGGUUAGACCUAUGACCAAGGGUGCCAAUAGUUCUGCAGCCGGCUGUACACAUUUAUCGGUCGUCAUAGCAGGUACAUCUCCCGCACUACAGUUCACUGACCCGAGUCCACCUGUUGUUCAGUGGAGCAGAUAUUAUUUGGAUGGUGGAUCACCCUGAGACACUAAACAUAACCAUCAGGCGUCAGAUGUCGCUGCUGUGUCGAGAACAAUCUAAUAAAUGGAUCAGAAAUGAUCCAGAUGAGCCCAAGCAGCGUUCCUGUGCUGGUUCCUCGCUUCACCGUGUUGUGCAUCAUGGACGUCUUGUGUUUAUUCCACUGGCGGUCAUGAUACAUCACUCUAAUCACGUUAUAUAUAACAGAGCGACAUUUAAAGCAAUUCCUGCUGAUCUUCAGAACCCUGUGGAGGAAAAAGUAAAACUCAUCUCUGCUGUAUGUUGGGAAUGUUCCUGCUGGGAAAAAAAACCCCAAACAAAUAGAAACCAUCACAAAAAUUCAAAUGGUUUCCAGUACAAAUACCAUUAGGAACCAUCAGGUCCUUAAUGGUAUCAAUUAGACAAAACAUUCCAACAAUAGAAGGCAACAAACGACCAGUAGAUGGACCAUUACAGCUUCCAUUAAAACCAACACGAAUUCUUUGAGGGUUUCUAUUGUUUGGUUUUGUUUAGUUUUUUCAGCAGGGAUGGCAGCGAGUCUUCAGCGUCUUCAGGGUUCCGAAUCUCACGUCACGCCAAAUGAAUUUUCAGACGGCUCGUUUGGUAAGAACCGUCUCACGGAUACCGUUAUUACAUGAACAAUAAUUCACUAUAAUGUCGUGUAUAGUGUUUGCCUUCAUUUUUUUGUGUGAGGAAGAACAUCUGACAUGUUUUUAGACGGAUCAGUUUAAUCUUUUUCUUCUGUUCGUAUUCCUCAGAGCACUUGCUACGCUUCAUCUUCAGUGUAAACGCUUUAAUAAACGAAUUCACUCAUGACUGCGUCCAUGAGUCCAACUCCAGGUAGUGGUGACUCCAGGCUGACAUCUGCCAGGCAUAAAAAUACCUCAGUCUCAAUUCUUUACUCUGAUUGGUCGUAAGAGCAGCAGGUUUAUAUUAACAUAUUCAUUAUCGUUACUAUAGUAACAGCUCAUUCGCAGUAUUUUUUUUUAAUUAUUAUUAUUAUCAUCAGUAGUAGUAGUAGUAGUGGUGGUAGUGUUGAUUAAUUUAUGUAAUAUUUAUGAAUUUUAAUAAAUAUUAAUUAAUUUAUUCAUUCUUUUUACACAAAUUACAACAUUUUAUUAUAAUCGAGAUGUAGCACUUCUACUCACUGCCCUAUUUGUUCCCUUGUUUGUUUGUUACAUAAAGUACACCAAUUUAUUUAAUCAAUAUUUGUUAUAACAUCUAUGGGCAUAUUAAUUAUUAUUAUUAUUAUUAUUAUUAUUAUUAUUAUUAUUAUUAUCAGUACUAGUGGUGGUAGUGUUGAUUAAUUUAUGUAAUAUUUAUGAAUUUUUAAUAAGUAUUAAUACAUUUUUUCAUUAUUUUUACACAAAUUGCACCAUUUUAUUAUAAUCGAGAUGUUUUACUUCUACUCAUUGCAAUAAUUGUUCCGUUGUUUGUUUGUUUGUUUGUUUGUUUGUUUCAUAAAUUACACCAAUUUAUUUAAUCGAUUUUUGUUACUAUGGGCGUAUUAAUUCACUUAACUAACAUGUUUAUUAUAUAUGUAUGUAUUUAAUAUUUUUAUUAUUAUUAUUAUUAUCGUUAUUAUUAUGAUAAAUAAAUCAUACCGCUUUAUUAAACCGAGGUUCAUCACAAUCUCCUAUUCAUUAUCAUAUUCGCGCGCACUCAAGCACGUGAGAGCUCUCCACCAAUAUGAGCGUUCUUUGUUACUCCGGCCGACCAAUAAGAUUUGAGCUCUGACCCUGGCCCUCGAGACCGAGAACAUGGGUUUGUUGGAGCUGGUACGUGAUAGAGAGAAGAAGGAGGAGGAGGAGGUGUCAGCCGUCAUGGCGGAAUUUCUCACCGACCCGUCUGUGUUGACUAAAGACAAGCUGAAAAGCGCGCUGGUGGCUAACAACGUGGCGCUACCGAACGGCGAGCAGCGGAAAGGAGUGUACGUGGAGCUGUAUCUGAAAAACCUGACCUCCCAGAACAAGAGGAGCGGCUCCGCGGAGGCUUUCUCCAGCGACGAGGAGCCUCCAGCCCCCGCUGCCUCCAUUACAGCAGCGCGCUCCGGCAGGAAAGCCACCAGGAAAACGGACCGAGUUCGUCCCGAGGAGAUCGACGUGACCGAACUGACCGACGAGGACCUGAAGGAGCAGCUGCUGAAGUACGGGGUCAGCGCCGGACCCAUCGUAGCAUCCACCCGUAAAGUGUACGAGAAGAAGCUGCAGAAGUUACUGGACCAGGGUCCUCCUCAGACCACCAUCAUCACCCUAUCCGAGUCGGUUCUGAUCCACAACAGCCGUAACGGGACCGCGGACUCGGAUCAGUACAGCGAUAAAGAGGAAGAAACAGCAACAGCAGUUGAACCGGAGCUAGAACCCGAACCGGAGCUCGUCCCCGUGUUGGAGAGGCCGCUGAGGAGCCGGGGAAAAACACCCGUGACCAUCAGAAACCGAAGCAGCCAGAACAAGGAAGAGGACGAUGACUCUGAGGACCUUCAGGUGGUGAAUGUUGAGAGAAAGUCCAGGAGGUCUUCUCGCCGUUUGGACCACGCUGUUCCUGACCCUGUAACUCCACGCCGUCUUGUCUUGUGUCCCACGUCUGCUCUUUCUGGGCUGUUUUCUAGCUUCACAGCGGGCUCUCGGAUUUUCCUUUCAUCACUUCCUGUCUGUUCUCGUGCACCUUUCCGAGGAACCCUUCUGGAGCACGUGUUAUCUAGUCUUUUUACGACCGUACCUUUUAUACUACUUUCUUUUCGUACUCUCGGAAGGUUUCGGCGUCUGACGUGCCGCCGGUCCCUCGGGAGAGAAGAAUCGUUUCGGUAUGUAAAUGAAGACCACCCGGGCAUCCUCGGGUCCGUCGGCUUACUCUCGUCCAACCGUGAAUGAUUUUCUCCUGUCGAAGGCGAUACGUAAAGAUCCGACGCCGCCGCUCGCGGACACGCUGGCGAGAUUUCCCUCGGCGAGCGAGGGCGGCUUGUCCGAGUCUCCCCAACGUCGUACGGCUCCCGUCCACGCCGCCUCGGAGGAUUACGACGAAGUCUUUCCCACCGACAAGGUGCUGUGUGACGUGAUCUGGGUUUAUUAUUUCUUUCUUUUGAUUUUCCAGCACUGGGUGAAGGGAAUUGAUUUCUCAGGCUCGUUAGUGUUCGAUUAAACUCUUCCUCAGCUUUAUAAAAGGCUUCGCCUGCCUGUGAAGACCACGGAACCACGUCGUACACCAUCACCUUCCUGCCAGACCGAAAGGAAGGUGCUUUUAUUGAUGUAUAAAUAUAUAUUAAAUACUUACCGUAAUUAUAUCCGAACCU